UCGUCACCGUUAUUACUUCAACCCCACUUAACUAUAAAAUAUUCGUUGUAAAGAUGUCUUGGACAACGGUGUGCCUGGCUGUGGCCUUACUAACAACCCAGACCUUGGCUGGAGAUAGAAUCCAGAGACAAAGAGGUGGAGUUACCGGCACCACUACAGGCGGCAGAGCUACUGUUGUCCCUACAACCACCUCUGGAACCCAGGGCUCUACCGGAGGACAGGGUUCCACUUUCGGUACUGGUCAGGGAUCUACUGGAGGACAGGGUUCCAUUUUCGGCACUGGUCAGGGAUCUACCGGAGGACAGGGUUCCUCUUUCGGCACUGAUCAGGGCACUACCGGAGGACAGGGUUCCACAUUUGGCACUGGUCGGGGAUCUACCGGAGGACAGGGUUCCACUUUUGGCACUGGUCAGGGAUCUACCGGAGGACAGGGUUCCUCUUUCGGCAUUGAUCAGGGCACUACCGGAGGACAGGGUUCCACUUUUGGCACUGGUCGGGGAUCUACCGGAGGACAGGGUUCCACUUUUGGCACUGGUCGGGGAUCUACCGGAGGACAAGGUUCCACUUUUGGCACUGGUCGGGGAUCUACCGGAGGACAAGGUUCCACUUUUGGCACUGGUCAGGGAUCUACCGGAGGACAAGGUUCCACCUUCGGCGCUGGUCAGGGAUCUACCGGAGGACAGGGUAGCACCUUUGGCACUGGUCAGGGCCCUACUGGAGGACAGGGAAGCACCAUUGGCUUAAGUGGGGUCUUUGCCGGCAGCGUGUUUGGCUCAGGACUCGGCAGUGGUCAGGUCAGGAAAGUGGAGGUUUUGAUCACGCCCACUGUCACCCAGACAAUCACUGUGGAUAGGUUCGUGACCUUGACUGACUUGGCUUUUCACAGUGUGGCUGUGACCCUGACUGAACUCCGAGUAGAGACCGUCACAGUUACUAACUUUGAUGUGGUACAAACUCCCGUCGACGACCGCGUCGCCCUCCAGACCACGGUAGUUGUCAGGCCCACGUCGGUCACCGUCACCUGCGAAAAGUCCGAUUUCAGGGUGGUGACUGAGGUGGCGGUAGACCACGUCACCAUCACCCACACCUCCUACGUCAUCCGUCAGACCACCGUCACCACCCUCGUCACGCAGGCGCUGACCUACACCUCCACGCUGGUCCGCACCAUCAUCGACACACAGAGGACCACCUUCA